AUGAUGGGCUCUUUCAAAUCAGGCUUGGCAUGGCUUCUAUUUGCGAGUGGUAUGGGCGGCGCAGAGGCGAUUAUCAGAGGUGUCAACCUUGGAGGCUGGCUGGUUACAGAACCAUGGAUGACACCCUCGCUAUUCAACGCCACAGCUACUGAGGACGAGUGGCACCUGUGCAACGUGUUAGGGAAACAACAGUGCCUCCAGACCCUUCAGCAGCACUGGUCAACAUUCUAUACGCGGGAUGACUUCGUGCAGAUCAAGGCUGCUGGUCUUACCGGUGUGCGUGUUGGUCUAGGCUACUGGGCUGUUGAUUUACUCGACUACGAACCAUAUGUGUCCGGCCAGUACCCAUAUCUGAUUCAGGCCGUGCAAUGGUGCAAGGAACUCGGUCUUACUGUUUUCAUCGACCUGCACGGUGCACCAGGAUCGCAGAACGGCUGGGAGGAGACGGGCCUCGUAGGAGCUAUCGGCUUCCCCGACAACCAGUCUAACGCAGACCGUACCCUGCAUGUUCUUCGAAACUUGACUACCGAAUUCCAGAAGCCGAUUUACGGUGGUGUAGUUACCAACAUCGAGCCGCUUAACGAGCCCAUCUUCGCCGAUGCGCAGUUGAAGGCUUUCUACACUCAGGCUGCCAACGUUAUUAUUGCGUCCAACACCAGCGGUGUCAACUUCACGUACCACGAUGCCUUCUAUAACCCGCCACCGUGGAAGAACUAUGACCCCAACAACGUGAAUGCAGUCGUGCCGGCCGCGCGCACAACGCUCGACACCCAUCAAUUCUGGGCGUUUCCACCUUUGACGAACCUUACCACCACGCAGAUUCUUGAGCGCAUUUGCCAGUACGCACAAACGAUGGACCCGGCGAACAGCCACAUUCCGCCCACGCUUGUUGGCGAGUGGAGUCUGAGCACUGGCUACACCGCAAACUCUACGACUGAUGCAUCCCAGGACCAAGCCAAGCGAACCUGGUUUCGAACGCUGUUCGAGGCUCAGAAUGCGGCCUACACUCCAAACGGUCCGAACCAGGCUUCGAUCGGCUGGUACUUCUGGGCCUGGAAGACCGAGUACGACAUUGACGCAUGGUCCUUCCGCAAGGGCAUUCAGUAUCAGUACAUUCCAUCCAAUGUCAGUAACAUGUCGACGUACGCUUUCCCGAUACUGGACAAUGGAUGCAUCAAUACCAACUUCAGCUACACCGCACCUGCAAGCUCGAACGCUUCGGGCACUUCGACGUCAAGUGCUUUCGGCUUGUCAGCAACACAGUGGCUGCAGCCUGGACUUGCUGUUGCCAUGGUCGGCUUAGUUGGCCUGCUCUAA